GGUCGGUUUGGACAGCCAUAUACUGCGAUUUGAAGCCCGAAUGAAGUCGAAAAUACCAGAAAAUUGUUCUAGAAUUUUCAUUAUAAGAUAUUAUUUAUCCGAUGACACCAUGGCCAUAUUUGAAGUUGCUAAAAGAAAUUCAGGAUUUGCAACUUCCAAUUUCCUUGCGAGAGGUAAAAUCAUAUUGCCAGAACAAAAAGUUUUCACUAGUAAACCUCCUCUAUGUUACACUCCGCAACAUAUGUUCAUCGGCGCUACCUUGAUCAUUAAUGGUUUCGAAUUCAUUCUUCUGGAUGCUGAUGAAUAUGCCUUGAGAUAUAUGGAGCUGAAUGCAGGCCAGUUUCCUAAGGCCAAUAUCAAAAUCAUCAUGGAUAAAGUGAAGGAGAAGUUACGACCUAUAUAUAAAGACUUCGUAGCAGAAAAUUUGCCCAACGAAUCACCGGUUAUUUCUUAUGAGCGAUUGAGAGCAAAGUUAUGUGAGUUGAUGGGACAAGACUUCACUGAACAUGAAAUGGUGACGAUAUCUAGAGCCUUUUCUGCUGUAUGUUACAAAGAUAAAUAUAAUAGAGAUAAAAUAAGAGCAUUAGCGCUAACGGAACUCAAACGAUUUCUAUGGGAUGAUUUGGAUAGACUGAAAGAGUACUUUCUACAGAGAGACCCUCCUAGAUCAGGAAAACUAUCGAAGAAAGAUUGCUAUACUAUCAUGAAAGCCUGCAGAUUACCUUUUGAUAAAGAAUUGAUUGAGAGGAUACUACAGGU